UAUGUAUAUGGCUACUAGGUAGAAGACAACUCCAUCGAUAAGAAAUAUCCACGCUUAAUGUAACAUACAAACAGGACCUUCUUUGUGUUCUAUAAAAAAAUAAAAUAAAACAUGAAUUGCAAAGCAUAAAACAAUAAUAUACUAAUAUCGUAAUUUUAACGUCAAUUAUAAUAUACUUUUAUUUCUGUCUCUCAAAUAUAUAUAUGAACGGUUGUGUUGUGAACGCUUUCAGGGAAUCAGAUAACAUAAUCAUAGCUAAAUUAAGAUGGCAACAUCUAAAGUCAAUAAGAAAGUGUUUGAUUCAGAAGAAGCUUUAACAACGGUUAAGGAUCUAAGAACAACGUUUGACUCUGGUAAAACUCGAAGCUACGAAUGGAGAAUUUCUCAAUUGAAAGCACUUUUGGAGUUAACUGAACAGAAGGAGCAAGAGAUUGUUAAAGCUCUCUACUCCGACUUAUCCAAAUCUGAAGCUGAAUCUUUCAUCCAAGAGAUUUCUAUGUUGAAAAACUCAUGUAAAACUGCAAUCAAGGAAUUGAAGCAUUGGAUGGCUCCAGAAAAGGUCAAAACAUCACUCACAACUUUUCCUUCUUCGGCUGAAAUAGUAUCUGAACCACUUGGAGUUGUUUUGGUCAUCUCUGCAUGGAACUAUCCAUUUUUGCUAUCACUUGAUCCAGUUAUUGGAGCUAUUGCAGCGGGUAAUGCCGUGGUUUUAAAACCAUCAGAGCUUGCUCCGGCCACAUCAUCAUUGCUGACAAAACUAUUAGCAGAAUACAUGGAUAACUCAUCUAUAAGAGUUGUUGAGGGAGCAGUUGAUGAAACAUCUGCAUUACUGCAACAAAAGUGGGACAAAAUUUUCUACACAGGUAAUGGAAAAGUGGCACGCAUAGUGAUGGCUGCUGCUGCUAAGAACCUUACACCAGUUGUGCUGGAGCUUGGAGGAAAAUCACCAGUUAUUGUUGAUUCAAAUUCAAAUAUCAACUUACAGGUAGCAACUAGAAGGAUAAUUGCUGGAAAAUGGGGUUGCAAUAAUGGACAAGCUUGUAUUUCUCCAGAUUAUAUUAUAACUACAAAAGACUAUGCUCCUAAGUUGGUGGAUUCUCUGAAGACUGAAUUGGAGAGUUUUUAUGGAAAGAAUCCAUUGGAAUCAAAAGAUUUGUCCCGUAUUGUAAACUCGAACCACUUUGCUCGCUUGUCAAAGCUUUUGGAUGAUGAUAAAGUUUCUGGUAAGACUGUUUAUGGAGGUGAAAAGGAUGAAAGCAAAUUGAGGAUUAGCCCUACUAUUCUAUUGGAUGUUCCGCGAGAUUCUCUGAUAAUGAAUGAGGAGAUAUUCGGUCCAUUACUUCCCAUCAUCACGGUCGAUAAACUAGAAGAAAGCUUUGAUGUGAUAAACUCAGGACCAAAGCCUCUUGCUGCAUAUUUAUUUACAAACAAUAAGAAACUCAAGGAGCAGUUUGUUAAGACUAUUUCUGCUGGUGGUUUGGUCAUCAAUGACACUACUCUACAUCUUGCAGUGCAUACUUUGCCUUUUGGAGGAGUAGGAGACAGUGGAGUUGGUGCAUAUCAUGGAAAAUUCUCAUUUGAUGCAUUUAGCCACAAAAAAGCAGUUCUAUAUCGCAGUUUUUUUGGUGAUGCUUCUAUAAGGUAUCCACCAUAUACUAAGACAAAGAUGAGAUUUUUGAAGGCUCUCAUGACUGGUGGCUUACUAGCUAUAAUUAAUGCCAUAUUUGGAAAGUCCUAGAAUUCUUUUUGUUAUGGAAUUUAGCAUAUAUUUGCAUUUGCUUCUUGGAUUUUAUUGUCCAUAAAUUAAUUUAAUAUAUCAAUAAAGCAAGCAAGAAUAAGUUCACAAUUUGACCAUCAA